AUGAUCUUUGACAGUCAAACAGGUCUGCUGAUGGAUUUUGCUGAUUUUGGCGAGAGGCUUUGCAAUAUUGUGAAGAAAUGUAAACAUCCUUGUCUUAUUCAUCACUGGUCGAUGUUUUCAAUCCAUAGUGCUUAAAACUUUGUGGCUCUUUAUGUUUUCCCAGGGUUGCAUUUUAUAGCAGCAUAAUUACUUUAUCUCUAAUGCCACAAAACGAUUUCUUUCGACCAUAGACUGAUACAUGCACAGCGUUGCAAGCCCAAAGUUUUUAGCCUUGAAUUCUCUGAUUCCAUAUUUGGGUAAAAUAAUUUUCCAUGCUUCUGAUUGGACGGCUGCAUCAGCUAAAAAACCCCAGCAUGGUUCUUAACACAUAAGGGGAAGUUAGACGCUUCAGGGUUGUAUGCUUCUGAGGGAGCCCAGCAAGUGAUUUGUCUGAAAAAACUAAGAUUUUCUAGUUGCCCGAGAGCAAAAUUUGGGUGCCAGGGGCCACUGGGCUCUGCUAGAGCACAGCCCUGAAACUAAUAAAUUAGUUAUAGCCAUGCCUGCUACCUAAGAUUAUUUUUUGGGAGCCCUUUGAGCUCCCAAAAUAAAACGUUAGGAGCCCAAGCCACAUUUCUAGGAGCCCCAUUCAAAAAAAUUAGUAACUUUAUUAAUGUGUCAAACUUCUAGUGCAUGUCAACUGGUGCACUUCUUGGUUGAUUGAAAAGCUUCAAAUUUAUCAUUUAUCCAACUAAAGGGCACAAAUAGUAGCAUAGUAAGGGGGAAACUAACAUUCAAGGACCAGUCUCCUUUUUUCCGUACUAGAGGUUUUUUUCCUCCGUUGUAUUUCUACUCUGAGGGUACCCAAACCUAGUUAUUAGUUCACCAGAAUGAGGCUAUCCAUAGUGUCUAUAUCUUAAGUUGACAGUCUUGACCAGAUCCCCGAAACUUGAUUCACUCCUCUUGAAACCUAAGUCUUUCUCCCUUUAAUUUAUUUGAGGAAGAAAAUAAUUAUUAUACUUGGCUCUUCCAGGUUUUGAACCAACUUACCUUUCAGUUAUCCUUACCAAGUUGAUUGUUUGUUUUUUAGUCCUAUGGUCCAGGUCCCUACACUCCAGAGCAAGCCAAGGAAAUUGAAAGUUUGAAGAUAUUUUAUCACAGAAUGAAAACUGAACAUGAUAAGGUACUCUGUUGUAAUAAUUAGUAUGUGUAAUCAAAAGGUGAUGAGUGAAAUAGAAGAAUAAUUUCAUGCUCCUUUUGUGUAAAUUCCUCUAGAAUUUUUCAGGGUUUUUUUUUAUUAAGAAUUCUAGUUACAGGAUAAUGUUUUGGAAGAGGCUCCUCACCUAAAUUAAAAAUAGUCAUAGGCUCCCGAAUAUUAGACACAGAAUUGUGCAUAGUAACUGAAGAAUUCUCCGAUCUCCGAUACCUGAUGAACACUAAUGGCUAAAACGCAAAUAAAAUUAUUGCCUAAUUUCACGAGUUUACUAUUUGAUUAGCUAUGGUGGUUUUCACUGUCAUGCCAUCAAAAAUAAAAAUGGAAACCUUUUAAUACAGGAAGUCUAGAAUCUGGGAAAUGAAAGAAGGUAAAUACAUACAAAGAGCCUUGCCAAGAAUCAGGUCUGGCAAUAUUUCAUAUACGAGAUAUUUAAACCUUUUUGCCCGAAAUAGUAAAGCUUUGUAUGGAGAUGCCACGUUUGUGUCCCUUUCAGGGGUACAAAUGUGGCCGCCGGAAACCAACAGAAACAUCUGUUUUUUAGUUUUCCUGCUAAUGAGUGUAUUGUUUGCAUGAGGAACUCAUAAAGAUUAAAGUAAAAUUUAUUCUGAAACAAGAAAUGUUUAGAUAGCAAAAUCUCCCAAAAUCGGUAAUGUUUUUAACCCACAUAAGAGCUUUCCUGGUGGUCAGCUAAAUGCUGCAUCACGCAAAAGCCUGGAAAUUCAAGCAUCCUGUAUCGGAAAACACAGAACCCUUUAAAACUAAAAAUUUGUUUGUAUAAAGGUUUUAAGGUGCUGUAAUACCACAUGAAAGUAGAACUCGGGAGAAGCAAUAGUUUCUAACUUUGAAUUUUGGUGACGCCGUGUGAAAACCAAGAAUUAAUAUCAUGGGUGACAUGUUACACUCAUAAUUGUGGGUUUUUGACGAGUUUAUUGUAUUAAUCAAGAACUCCAUGCACUGAAAAGUUUAGAGCUUAAAUUUUGGCUUAAGUUCAUAAUUUUCGAAAUUUUUCAAUGAAAUACCUGAUAGAACUUUCUUGAUGUGCUCUUUUAUGUGUAUACAGGUUUUCUAGUGUCUUUUAAUGCCCUGACACUACUCAUAACAUUUUAAAACCUUGACACCAUCUUGGAACUGAGACAUCCAGAAUGUUGCCAAGGCAAUUUUGUAAUUUCACAGAAAUUAUAAAUUAAUGCGGAAAAGUUUGCCGCCGAAAUAAAAUAUAUAUUAUUAAGGAGUAAUUUGUCACCCACGAUGUUAGUUGCUGUCAUGUCUUAUUUGAAUAAUAAAAUUUAUUGUUAUUAGUUACCCCUUAGACAAUAACAGAGGCCAGUUGCAUAUUAUAUUGUGUCUUCGGUCAAAACUGGAUGUCUGGCAUUUUUGACUGGGUGGAACAUCCAAUGAUAGCUGUUACAUCAGACAUCAAGACAAGUUUUACAUUCUUCAAAUGAUCCAUUAUUUAAAUGUCAAUACAUUGAAAAAUAGAAGGAGUUUUGCAGUGGGAGAAUACUAAAGCUCAAAGAGAUGUGUUAAAAUGCUCAAUGUAUUUCAAGAGACAAUUUCAUUUCAUAAAAGAUCACUGAUUAGUCCAGUUUUGAAUUUGUCAUGGCCCCUGAAUAGAAGCACUGAAGGCUCAUUUAUACAGGGUUAGCCUUGACCUAAGGUAAAUAUAUUCACAAAUUCCAGUCAGAAGAAGACCUAGUACAACUGUGUCUAUUGUUUUAAACUCAAAUUCAGGCACCUCUUAGGUAUUUGUGAAUGUUUUACUUUAGGUUGAGACUAACCCUGCGUAAAUGAGUCUUCAGUUCUUCUAUUCAGCAAUCGGGAAGAAUUCGAAACUGAACUAUUCCCUCAUGAUCUUAAACAGAACUUUACUAUACUGUGUGUGCCACCAGUAGCACAAGUAUAAAUAUGUUUCAACUUGGGCUAUCUAAAGCUUUCCUGUUUUCCUGUUUACUUCACAAGAAGCUCCAGUGUAUGCUAUAAAAAGUAAAAUUUACUCUGCUUAAAUUGUCAUCUUUAUUUUCCAGGCAAUGCAGGAAGGGAAGGUCCAAAAUGUAGCUGUUGUAAGGACAACAAAUGUCAUGACACCUGUCACUCAAGUGUUAGUGCCUGGUCAUGUUGCAGCUACAGGAUCAGUCCAGAUGGCAAAGAUUGCUCCUGCUACCACAGCACUACCAACCCAACUAACCACCGUUCUUCCGGCUAGUAACAUUACUUCUGGGGUUCCUGUGGUACAGCCUGCUGUGACCUCCACCAAGACUAUUCUCCCACAGACAACCUUACAGCAAGUUCAAGGCCAUAAUGUGGUGAUCAAUCGUGCAAAUAUGCAGCAGCUACAAAUGUCUGGAGAAGUUGGUAAGUUACAUACAUACAUACUUUAUUUGGUACAGUGGAACCUCUCUUCAGGGGACACCCAUGAGGCCGAGGCAAGUGUCCUCUGAAUAGAGGUGUCCCCUGAAUGAAGUUUGGGCUGGAGUUUGUUAUUAAGAAAACAAGGUAAUAAUUUAUAAUAUAUAUUUAUUCUGCCUUAGAAAUCUGCUGCAGUCAUUAUAAAGCAGCUGGACAAUGUAUAAAAAAUCAUGAUGAACGUGUCUCUGCAAUAUUGUGUUGAAUUUUCACAAGUGCAGUACAUUGAUUUAAGCCAGAUAGUUCAGUUUGUGAAAGCUGGCAUCAUUGUGAUUACUGUACAUGCAUUUAAAGUUAUCAACCGUCUUUGUGAUCAGUCAUGUUUUGGGUGCUAAGGUGUUCCCUGAAUGGAGGUUAAACCUGUUUCUUGGGACCCAGAAGAAGUGUCCCUUUUCCCUGGAAGGAGGUGACCCUUCAAUAGAGGUAACAGAUACAAAGAUAACGUGAACAGUUUUCUGGGAUAGAUUCUGAAUGGAAUUGUCUUUUGAAUAGAGAUGUACCAAAGGAUAGGGUCCACUGUAAUCAGGUUGGGAAAUGGAAUGACAGCCAAAGGGUUGUUGUGGACCUACUACCAAUAAAAUAAAUAGUAAAGCGAGCAAGAGUGAUGCAACUAAAUAGCAGGAAAAUACAACCAUACAGUGGUUUUUGAAGACCAGGCUUUUCAGUGGUCCAGCCAGGGUUUGAUCCCACAACCUCAUGCUCAGCAGUUAAUGUUCUCCUAAUCAAGCUAAUCGAAGGGCUGUUAGUCUUGGCUAAUAACUUAUGUUUGCAUGAACUAGACUGAUAAACUAUAUUCAUUGUUAUGUCCUGUUUUUGUCAGCGCAACAAAAGGGGACACCACCUCAAGCUACACACCUUCAAGUCAGUCAGUCACCAGUCCGAUCUGUUUCACCAGGUCAGCAGAUAACCAUUAGAAAUGUCACACAAACACUGCCGGUAACACAGACAGUGAAGACUGCUGCCACUACAUCAGACAGACCUGUACAGGGUAUGUUCCAUGCUGUCUCUACCAACAGGGACUUUAAGAUCCAAUGAUGCAAGGGCAACGACGUCACUUAAAAAUUGAAUGUGGGUUCUCUCAGUCUUUAUCGCAGUUAUUCCCACCCACUUACUGUGUCAAAUGUAGGUGAACCCUUCUGAAGUUGAAUUCCAAGUGACUUUAUCCAGGUUCAGAAAGUGGAAUGAAAUUUUGUUGUUGCUCGUUUACUUACUUCAUAAAAAGCGAAAUUAGUCAUUUCCACACGGUCCUUAGUAGUGCAAAAACCGCAAAGAAAUGUACAAAAAAGUGUGAUGCACAUGCAAAGUUGUUGUUUUGCUUAUAAAACGUUUUUCUUUUUGCGUUCUCGUUGCUGUCACAUCGGUGGAUCUUAAAGUCCCUAAUAUCUGUCUGGCCGGUGGUAUAGAGUUUUUCUUGUAAACCAACCGGCCCUGCUUGUUCAAAUGUUGGAUAGUGCUAUCCAGCAGAUAAAUCACUAUAUCCAGUGGAUAUGAUUUCGUUAUCCAGUGGAUAGAGUCUCAUCCAUUGUAUAGCAUUUUCCUCUGUUUGAAUAGCUGGGUCCUGGUUGUGUACGUGUUUCAAACAUAAUUUGAACCUUGCAAAAUUAGACCACUAUCUUGGUGGUCAUUUUGAAGUUGUAUUGUAGCUUGUUUUUUCUACUAAACCUCGACUUUCAUUUAAUUCUGGCUGGUCUCUUGUGUUCUGACCAUUGGCCAAUCACAAUAAAGUUCAAGACAUGUAAGAGAACCUCAAAACUUCCAACUUAUUACCAUUGCUUUUUGUGGUUAAGUUUUCUUGUGCCUGACUGGCUUUUUCUACGUAACACAAUAACAUGCCAUAACUAUUUCUGGUGUUCUUGGUUUCUGAGAUUCAUAGCCUGUGAGUACAGCUGUUUCACUUUGCUCCUUGCAGCUGUAUUUGCAGUCUAUGAGAUUCAUAGUAACACAUCUUAUAAAAUGUUUUGCAUCAUUUCGUUUUUAUAGGUUUAAUUUUUGAAGUAAAUCAUAGAGUUACAGACAGUUUUAUUCAAGAGAGAAUAUUUCUUCCAGGAAGUAGUGGCUGAAAUUCAUUCUAUUUUUCUGGUUAUUUUUUCUAUUGUAGGGACCCAAGGCACACUACAGACUGUAACUUUACAGAGACCCUUGGUGCAGCAAAGCAAAUCACCUGUUAACAUGCCUAUCACCCUAGCUCCGUCAGGCACAGUGUCAGCUGCUGUGCCAUCAGGUGGUCAUGUUGUUACCAAUAUCGCUCCAGCUCCUGUAGCAGCCGCCGCUACAUCAAAGGGACUUCACAGUACUGCACAAACACCUGGUAAAAAUUGACUCUCAUCGCUUGUCUUUUAUUUGUCUGUGUUGUCUUAGGUUUAAGCUGUCUUUACUGCUACAACACCUUAAAAUUUUAUCUCACUCCCAGAUCCAAGGGUUAUGGGAACUGGUGAUUGAAAACUUGAAUCAGAGGUUAAUAUAACGGACUUCUUAAAUUUUGUAGUAUACGCCAUUUCCGAGAUCCAAAGUGUAAAACCUUUCUUGUGAAAAUGAGUUUUUUUUUCAAGAGAAUAAAAAAUCCUUUUCAUAUCAGUGGCUUCACACGUAGUCUCGCUUUGAAACAGAGGCUGGGGACAACUCCAAAAUGUCCUAUUGAUUUGAGUCAAUCACAGGCUUCAAUAUGAAGUAACAAAACAUGGAAUCAUCUCUUUUUUACAUAUAUGUUCCUCUGUGUUCGUAGUUUUCCUUAAAAUACCUUUUGGAUAAGCCUAACUAAGAAUAACAGAUAUGCAUUUUUUCUGUCCCCACUUUUGGACUUACCGUAAAAUUCCGAAAAUUAGCCCUUCCAAAUAUAAGCCCCCCAAACCGGUGACGCAAAAAACCCUCCGUUAAAUCGCCCCUCCAAAUAUAAGCCCCCCUAGAGGCUUGUGCUUUGAAAAUUGCCGUCAAAUACAAAGUAAAACAAAGCAAAAACAGUUUAAUUUACUUUGAACUAUAAGGCUAGCCCAAUCGAUUUGUAAACGCAAAUUUCCCUCCGUAGAUAAGCCCCUCCGAAUAUAAGCCCCUCUAAAAAUAAGCUCCUCAAAAAGGGCCUUUGAAAAAUAUAAGCCCCGGGACUUAUUUUCGGAAUUUUACGAUAUUUUACUGCCAGAACUGACAGAUAUAUAAGUUUUAAUUCCUCACUGUCAUCAAGCAGUCCCAAUUAGGACUACCUUUACCCUUACUAUCAUACUCCGCCUACGAAUGAAAUGACUCCUGGGUUCAGACCUUUCACAGUUUUUAAUUCCUCAGUUAGAAACUGAAGAUACAGGGGAUGUUAAGAUAAUUCAUUCCAAAUCGUUUUAAAUUGUCAACCCCAGUUUCUAAUCUUUUUUGGUUACUGGAAACAAUGUCAAGCUUACCACCAGGCUAAAAUAAACAGAUGUAGCAACUACUCAUACUGUUUUAUUGUCUUAAAAUACCAAAGUAGAUCUGGAGAUCUACCUACUCGUGACUUUAACUUGGAAUUCGUCAAAGCAAUUCGCCCAAAAGUUUUUACUCUUUUUAAAGAAACAUUUUGUUUAUAAAGUCAAGUCAGUGCUACAUUGUUUAACAUUUGUCGAUCGAGAUAUGGCAACUAGCUGUUGUUAUCAACGGAACAAAGCCCAUCUCUUUCCUCGUUCAACAACGUUCGACGUGGUGUAUGGCUCGUUUCAGCUUUGAGCGUGAGCUGCAACAUUUGUUGGUCCACAUAGUACGCUGACCAUUCCCGACAGAUUGCCGACAGGUAACCGAGCAGUUAACCGACUGUCGGUCAUUAGUCGGCCAACACUUUUCCGUUUUUAAAAAGUGGAAAAAUUGUCGUCCGACUGUUGGCUUGGCAAUUUGUCGGCCGACUGUUGGUCGACAGUCUAUAGAUAGUCGACCGACAAAUUUUUGGGGGAGAUGUCCUUCAAUUUUGCCGACGUGUUGAACCAUGUGUCAAUGGCCGCCGCUUAAGGAAACAGUGUUAAUGAUAAUAUUCUUUCUAGGAGCAUCUUUAAGAGGAGACAGCAGUAGCCCUGCUCCAAAUCAAGUUCUAACAAAGCGACGACUACAGGACCUUCUUCAUGAAAUUGAUCCUAGAGAACAGAUGGAUGAUGAUGUAGAAGAUGUGAGUUGAAAAGAAUAAUGAAUUGUUACAAUGGAGAUAUGCCCGACUUUCCCACUUUUUUUAUUUACUGCGUAAACGCGAAAACAGCUCAUUUUCUUUGAAAAGUAAUCAAAGUUACAAGUAAGAUCUAAGAACCCUGGAAGAUCAGGUCAGUUUAAAAACUUGCAACAGAUUAACGUAGAAACUUGGCCAUCAAUAGAGAGAUUUAAGAUCAAGCUUAGGGUAAACGUGGAUUUGUACCACGUGACCAAGUUUCCCCUGUCUUUCACCAUUCAUGAUAUCUAAUUGGAAUUCCCCUAUUAUUAACCUGAUUCCUACGUUUGCCAUAAACGUGAUCCUUAGUCUCUCUAAUAACAACGUUAACCUCUUUGGACUAACGAUAUUAGACUAACCUAUCAUGCAUAAUGUUAACUUUAAUUAAUUUGUACUACUAUUACGGUGGUUAUAGUCAACUCACUGGCUUUGCACAAAGCACUUAAUUAGGACCAGUCCUAAGUGUAAAAAACUUCUUAGAGAGGUGUCCACCUAAUUAGAGAAAAAAAAAAGGAAAUCAACGAGAAUGACUGAAGAAAAACCUGCCUCCCAGUGAUGUGGAAACUCCUCACAUCAGUUUUGGGUGAAGAGCUCUAUAAACAUCUUUUGACUUGCCAACACCCAAAAGGCAAAAAAUGUGAGAUUCUGAACCUUGAGCUGGGAAAAGUAGUGAGAAAUGAGUAAAAAGUAAUGAGAUGUCCCAAUUUUCCAAGUGGAAGGUCUUCCAGCGGGGAUUAUGGGUAUUGGAAGCCUCAUAUCACUUUAAAGCUGGAGAUGUAAACAUCACGAUCAAUUUUACGAUUUAGGUUUCGUAAUUUCUAUGUUUUGUUAGCGGCCAUCUUGAGACAUGUCACCACCAAAUGUCUGUACAUUUGGUGGUAGCAGUAAGUCGCGGUAGGCUAAAAGAAUGUUAUCAAACACGAUCGCCAAGGGUAUUUUUUAAUGAGCUGGCUAUCUAUCGAUGUCUAACUCGGAAACGAACCCUACGGCUCCAAUUUUUUUUUAGAGUUUGACUUUUUGAGAAAGCGUGAGAAAUCAGUUGCCAACUCGUGAGAGAGCGAAAAGGUUGUCGGCGAAUCUCCAGAAGGCAGAACUUAGCAACUUUAGCUUUCCGAUUGAGGUGUCCAUGUUAACUCGUGACUUCUGCUGAGGGAGAGUUCACCCAAAUACAGUAAUAUCUUAGAGUAGAUUCAACUCCAUCUCCACAAUUUAUGCUAAGUAAGGUUUUGUCGCCUAAGGUCAGGGUUAAACUGAACUUUUCCUCUCGUUUUAGCUGCUGCUUCAGAUCGCCGAUGACUUCAUCGAGAGUGUGGUAACGGCAUCAUGUCAGAUUGCCAAACAUCGGAAGUCUAACACACUGGAAGUGCGGGAUGUUCAAUUACACCUUGGUUAGUUUGCACUCUAUCGUUAAAAUUUGUUCUUUAUAAAGAAUGCAAGCUCAGGAAAUGGUAGUUAAAGUGGUCACUUGACAAAGUUUUCGACAAUCGUUUUGUUUGACAUUUUUUCCAAACAUUUUUGACAACUUUUGUGGGUUUUAAUGAAGAACCGAUCACAAUUUUAGCGGGAAGUCAUUCAUUUGAAAGGGUUUGUUCCUCUGAAACUGGAAAACUGUGCCUCGAUUUGAAUGGUUCUGUAUCACAAAAAAACCCAUCUAAGUUCUCAAAAAUUUGUCUAGAACAGGUCAAACACAUUGUCGAGUGGCAAGCGGUCGCGCGACCCUUUAAUGUACAAUUUUGGCCAGAUUUUGGCAGUGAGAUCAGAGGCAGUUAUUAUCGAAUUGUAGUAUCAGUUUGUGCACUAAAGUAAUGAUAGCAUUUAUUACACUGAUAUAAAGUUUUGCAUUUAUACAGUGACAGCCACAAUCCAUGAGUGCUGCAUUGUGCAUUUUACAGCAAUUUUCAAAUGAGUGCAGAAACUGAAUGCCUGAUUAUUUUUGCCAAGUUACAGUUUGUGAGAUUGGCUGUCAAUCUUGCGCCUUUUUCUCAGCCAGAGGUCCAAAACCGAAACCGAUUUUUUGUUCACCCGCAUUUUCCCGCGCUUCCCAUCGUUUACAUUUGUUUGCUUCGAGAUAUGAUUGGUUCAUUGAUUGAUAUGUGUGAUGUGAUUGGCUAGAUGGAAUUACUAUGUUUUUGGUUUGUACGAAGUAGGUUCUAAGUUCUACCCCAAUACGACACUUAUUUCUGUGAUUCGCUCGGUAUUUCUGUGUUUAUACAGAACGAUGCUGGAACAUGUGGAUUCCAGGAUUUGGUAGUGAUGAACUGCGACCUUUCAAGAAACAGGCUACAACAGAGGCUCAUAAACAGGUUAGUAAGAGGAAAAUUUACGUCACUGUAUCGUCUCUCACGUUAGCGAUUCUCUCUCCAUACGUAAUGUUAUUAAAAAAUAAAUGUGUAGUGCAAUUCCAGAGCUUUAAUUGGCCUUGUGGCCAUUGUUUCUGAGCCAUUAGACCAUGUGCGAAAAAAUACAGAUAACGGGCAGUAUUAUAGAGCAGGUGUCAUCUUAUAAGUUGCUCGGUGUCCAUCUGUCGCACAAUUUAUCGCGGUCUAUUCGUGGUCUAUAUUGUGAAGAGAGCACGCAAGCGUCUCUACGUUUUGCGUGUCUAAAUGAAAUCAGGCCUCCCACCAGCUGAUCUCAUUCAGGUUUAUUGUAGCCUUGUUCGGCCCAUUUUAGAAUAUGCAUCUCCGGUGUUGGCAGCGUUACCCAACUGUCUGGUUCAAUUGGUGGAAAGCGUGCAGAAGUCUGCACUAGGAAUCAUUUUUCCAGAUUGCUCUUAUGAGUCGGCACUCGUGCGCUGUGGCUUGCCUACACUGUUGUCACGCCGUGAUGAGGCUUGCAGGCGUUUUAUAUCUAACAUCAAGGAGUCCGGGUUCCUUUCACACCUGCUGCUGCAGCCCACAAAUGUCGCUCAUGGCUACGGGUUGAGGUCGGGUUUUUCCCGUUCUGAAUUCCGCUUUGUCAGAACGGACCGCCUUAGUAAUUUUGUUACCCACAGUUACAAUAGGAUUUAAUUGUUUUUGCCUUCUUGCCAUGUGUAAUUAUGUGUUCUGCGUAUACUUGACCUCCCUUGUAAUUUAGUGUUAUACACUACCAAAGGGUUUAAUAAACUGAUUAUUAUGAAAUGGCCAUUUUAAUCGUAAUCUGGUUGUUCUUACAAAUGUUGAGAUAAACAUACAGUAAUAAAUGUACUUGGAUAUGUGAUGAUUAUUACCAAGUCGACACUUCGCGCGACUCGGCGGGCGUUGGUGGAAUAAUGACUUCUUUAAUUAUUUAGACAAGGCCUCAAAUAAGUUUAAUUUUUGGAAAUGACGUUGGCGUGCACUGGAUUGAAGUAGUGUAUUGGUAUUAUUAAUGUUUUAGUCGUUUACUUGUGAUGCUAAAAAAUUAAAUAAUGAAAAAAUUCUCGCUAUUUUAGAAUAUUUAUAAUUGUUCUUUAACCGUGCCGUCAUUUUAAAUGAUUUUGUCCGAGCUCAUUUCACAGGUUGCUUUGUUUGUUUUUUUGUUGCAGAGGAUGGCAUUAAUUCGAAAGUCCAUGAAAAAGUAACCCACUGAGAGAGAGCUAUGUAGAGGAGAUGCUCAAAUUUAUUGUAUAAAAUGAACUGUUAUUUAUGGUUAAUGGACCAUAUGGCGAAAAAUGGUGUCAAUUUGUCGCGUCUCAUUGAAAAAAUUUAUACCCACGCGGCUACAACAUUGAAGACAGAAAUAACAACAAGGUGUCUUUUUGUAGAAUUUUUCAAAUCUAACGCAAUUUAUUUAUGUAGGCUAGCUGUUUUUCUUUUUUUACGUCUUUUCUUGUUUAUAUUGAAGAUGGAACUGAUAGUUUCUUUCAUGGACAGUUAGUCAUGCAUGUUAAUUCUACUGCUAAGCAGUCGUCAUGCUUCCUCAAAAUCGGUUUUACAAAGAGCAAAGCGCUGGCGUGAGAUUCUCGCGCGAAGCCUGCAAGCCUCACACCGCGUACGUGCGAGACAGUCUCGCUCUCCUUUUUCACCCUCGUCCCAGACCGUUCGUUUGACUGCUCGCACACAUCGCACGUUUUUAACCUUCGCAAAAAUACGUUUUUUUAUUUAAGGGCGUGUGAGGAGACACAGGUUUCGCUUAACUAGUAGACGACUCCUUUUUCGUAGUCAUGUCUGAACUUCUGGGGUUUAUGAAGGUUGAAAAUCUUUUAAAAAUGAAGUAAAAUCGUGGAUUUCAAUUAUUACUGAAAUCGGUUAACACGAGUCCUUCAUUCACUGAGCUGAGCCAGUCAGAAAUAGAAUUCGUCCUUGCUUCUGCAUUUCUUUGCGAUGUGAUUGGUGGAAAAAAUCUCGCACCACUUUAUUAACAUGACUGCAUCCCUGCGAACAGACUUGAAAUUGUUUCAUAAGCAACAGUUUCAAAGUUCAUGUUCUGAGACGAUAAUUUUUAUAUGAAAACUUGCUUUUCUUUGCUAUUGAUAUUCUCAUCGGGAAGCCCGUAAUUACUUUGGUUUUGGUAUCACGACACUUGAUUGAAACGUUUUGGUAAUUUGUUGAAACUUAUGACAAUCCUUUAUAGAAACAAUCAUGUAUGGCCUUUCGAGAAGUGUGUGGUAUAUACAGUGUGUGGAAGGUCCACCUUUACCUGUAAAUUUAAAAUAAACACUAUGUUUCCACC